GCGAUGCUGAAGGCUGCGAUGCGGCUGGUGGGGAGCCCCGGGGCGGUGUCGGCCACCGAGGUGCUGCUGGUGGCCGCGGCGCUGUGCCUGGUGUUGGCGCUGCUGCAGUGGCUGCAGCAGCAGCAGCAGCAGCCCGUGCCCUCAGGGCUGCGGAGGCCGCCGGGCCCGCGGGGCUAUCCCGUGCUGGGCAACGUGCUGGAGCUGCGCAAGGACCCGCACGUGGCGCUGAGGCGGCUGAGCCAGCGCUACGGGGACGUGAUGGAGGUGCGCAUCGGCACCCGGCCCGUGCUGGUGCUCAGCGGGCUGGACACCAUCAGGCAAGCGCUGGUCAAGCAAGGAGAGGACUUCAUGGGGCGUCCCGACCUCCACAGCUUCCACUACAUCUCCGACGGGCAGAGCCUGUCGUUCAGCCCCGACUCCGGGGAGGUGUGGAAGGCGCUCAGGAGGCUGGCCCAGAGUGCCCUGAAGAGCUUCUCGGUCGCCCCCAGCCCCACCUCGUCCUCUAGCUGCUUGCUGGAGGAGCACGUGUCGCAGGAGGCCGAGUACCUGGUCACCAAAUUCCUGCAGCUGAUGGAGGAGGGGAAGAGGUUUGACCUUAGCCAGUACGUGGUGGUGUCUGUGGCCAAUGUCAUCUGUGCCAUGUGCUUUGGCAAGCGCUACGAGCACGAGGACCAGGAGCUGCUCAGCCUGGUGAACCUGGGCAACGAAUUUGGGGAGGUGGCUGCUUCUGGCAACCCAGCUGACUUCAUCCCCCUGCUGCGGUACCUGCCCAGCCGCAGCAUGGAGCUCUUCAAGGACAUCAACCGGCGCUUCAGCAUCUUCGUGAAGAAAAUCGUGCAGGAGCAUUACAGCAGCUUUGAUAAGGAGCACAUCCGCGACAUCACGGACUCGCUGAUCAGCCACUGCCAGGAGAAGAGUGCCGAGGAGGACGCCCAUGGCCAGCUCUCCAACGACAAGAUCAUCCACAUCGUCAACGACCUCUUUGGAGCAGGCUUUGACACUGUGGCAACUGCCCUGUCCUGGAGCCUCAUGUACGUUGCCUUGUACCCUGAUGUCCAGAGGAAGAUCCAGGAAGAGCUCGACCAGACCAUCGGGCGAGAGAGGCGGCCGCGGCUCUCGGACCGGGGCAAGCUGCCCUACACGGAAGCUUUUAUCCUGGAGAUGUUCAGGCAUUCCUCCUUCGUGCCCUUCACCAUCCCACACAGCACGACAAAAGCAACGGUGCUGAAUGGCUACUACAUCCCCAAGGACACCUGUGUGUUCAUCAACCAGUGGCAAGUGAACCACGAUGAGAAACUUUGGAAGGAGCCCUCAGCCUUCAGGCCCGAGCGUUUCCUGACCCCCACAGGCACAGAAGUCAGCAGGACAGAGAGUGAGAAGGUUCUGUCCUUCGGGCUGGGCAAGCGGCGCUGCCUGGGCGAGGUCAUCGGCCGCUGGGAGAUCUUCCUCUUCCUCACCACCCUGCUGCAGCAACUGCACUUCAGCCUGAGGCCUGGGGAGCACGUGGACAUCACCCCCCAGUAUGGGCUGACCAUGAAGUACAAGAAGUGUGAGGCCUUCCAGAUCCAGCAGCGUUUUCCUGUGAAAAGCUCUCCCUGA